ACCAAAAAUGACAGAACAUGAUCGAGCCACCGCUCUCCGCGAAUUUAUUGAGACUGAGAAGCGCCAGAUCGACCCUACCGCUUACAAUCAAGUGACCACGAACAUGCAUAUUGCUUGUGAAAACGCUGCGCGAUCGAAUGAUUGCGAUGCAUUGAAUUUUCUCCUUGAUCACGGAUGCACCUACACCACGGACGUUAUUCUUGCGGCGCUAGAGAACGGGUGUACGGAAGUUAUAGAUACCCUAAUCGCUCGAGGUUGGAACAUCAAUACAAAAAUCAGACAUGCGGGGGAUGCGCUAAUUCUGUGUUCUGGUAGGGACAAUUUGAAGAUGGUGCAGUUCCUACUUUUGCGCAACGCCGAUCCCAACGCGAACACAGACGGGCACAACACGGCACUUGAAAAAGCCGCCGCGACUGGAUCGAUCCCAAUCUUGGAGGCUCUACUUGAAGCUGGAGCGGUUAUGAAGGGCCGCUCAGCACUCGUUAAAGCAGCCUAUCAUGGAAGAAUCGACGUCAUUAACUAUUUGUUGGAUAAGGGAGCGAUGAUUGACGAAGUUCCACUCAACGAGACAAUCGUUGAGAACCAAAGAGAGCUUGAGUCAAGAAAUCCACUUUCCACAGCUGCUUGGCGUGGGCAAAUUGAGGCGGUGAGGCUUCUUCUCGAGCGGGGUGCUGAUCGGGAAUUGAGGGACGCCUAUGGAAAGACUGCGUUAGAUUUGGCACGGGAAGAACAACAUUGGGAUUGUAUAAGUCUGCUUUCUUAUUUUUAG